AUUGCAGCAAAACGGACUCUAUUGUGAUGGUUAUUGAUUGAUUGUGAGGAGUAUAAAACUAAGAGACGAGACAAUAUUUAUCUGCAUGCAACAAUAUGAUACUGCUGUUUUCAGAGUUCAGAAUGGACUGCAACAGCAUUCUGGAGCUAGUAGAGCUUGAUAAGAGAACAUGAUAUGCAGAUCUAUAUAUAGAAUACUGCUAGUAACUCGGCAAUGCAAUAUCGAACAGUACAUAGCAAUUGUAGAUAUUGCUGGAAAAUAAAACAAGCUAUUCUAACAACGCACUUGCAACGCAGUUCAACUAGGAUAUUACAGAAUAUAUAAGAAUAAAGAUUCAACGGUGACGACAACAGUAUGAUGCGACGUAAAAGAAGUCCAUAUGGGACGUGUGACGCUUACAUCAACCUUUCUAAUUCCCUCUUCAAUGCAAUUGAGGACGAAAAUGAUUCUCAAGUAUCGAGGGUUCUAGAAUCCAACAAGGAGCUCGCAAAGGAAAUCAUCCAAACGACUGUUUAUAUUCAGAACUUUGGCGAAGGUACCGUGUUCCACGCUGCUGCAUACUACGGACACUGUAAUAUCGUAAGAACAUUUCUUAAACACGGGGUUGAUGUGAAUAUGAAGGACAGUAGAAAUCGUACUGCACUUCAUGCAGCGGCUGUAAGAGGUUUAUUAAACAUGGUGUCAUACCUUAUUAAAGAACAAAGCGUCAUUGAUACCAAGGACAGAUGGGGACAGACUCCCCUCCACAAAGCCUGUAGCUAUGGAUACACAGAUGUCGCGAUGGUUUUGCUUAAAAAGGGAGCCCAUCCAGAGUUUAUGGAUAACUUUGGAAGAACCCCUUUGGAUGUUUCAGUUUUGAUGGGUCAUUCUCAAACCGCCGAAUUUCUUACGAAAUUUCUGGGAAGUCAUCAAAAUGAGAGUUAUUCCUGCGAUAAAUCUGAGAACAAAAUCCGCAAGAACUCCAAGAAUAUAGACUCCCAAAACUCAAUAAGUAAAGACUCCGAGAACUCGGAGAUUAAUGCCCCUGAAACCUCUGAGAGUAACGCCUCCCAAACAAUUGACAAUAACAGCUCACAGAUAUCUGAAAGUAAUGCCCCUCAAAAAUCUGAUCUUGAGAGUAACGCAUUACAAACCACUGAGGAUAAUGCCUCCCAAAGUUCUGAAAGUAACGCCAGUGACAAUUCUGAACGCAACAUUUGUGACAAUGAAGCGGGGAAUAACGCCUGCAAAAAUGAUGGUAUCGCGUGCCCAAAAUCAGAGAGUAACACACUUGAUAACAAUGAGAGUAACGCCUGAGGUCAUGUUAGCAAAUCAAAGGAUAUAUAGAGAUUAUCCUAUAUGAGGUUCAGGAUAUUGGGAUUAUCCCGAGGCAAGUUUUUGUGCGUUAUUGCUUGCUGGUGAAGUAAUCGCCGUAAACACCGGUCACAGUGAACUAUUAAAUAUAUACUACAAAACUUGGCAAAUGUUGGCUGAAGAAUUAUAAUGAAUACUCUACCCACUGGUGCGAGUAGCAACAGUUAUUUCAGACCGUAAUGAUAUGACCUUAACAACAUCAGUAUCUUCAGCAAAGGGUCUUUGUAACGUAAAUGUACACAAUGUUCAAUAUGUAUUACUAUAGUACUACUAUUAGUUUUUGAGGCUCUGAUUUAAAAUAAUACAUAAAGAUUAUAAGUUCUUUAAUGUUUAUUUUCCAUGUUAAAAUAAAUAAGGUACACUCAGUUAAUAAUAUCCAACGUUGUUCCAUGUUAAAGCUGUCUUGAUCAUGAGAUGUAAUUAAAGGAUGUUUCACAUACCUAUCAAAGAUGUGAGCCAAUAUAAGUACAUAGAAACUAUAGAGGAAUAAAGAAAUGAAUCGAUGUAUAUACAAAAA